UUGAAGGUUGAGAGGAUGGGCGGGCCUUCAAGGUGCGAUAAGAUAAACCUGCUGUCAUGCCAUUGGCGACAGUGCCGCCUUAUUCGUUCAGGAACAACCAUGACAAGCGGACCCGAAAGUAACAGUAGCGCGGACAGCUGCAUUGUUUACGACGCUGCGGACCCUGCCAGCCUUCAGCAUAUAACGCCAGGGUUGCAGGAGCUGCUACGGCGCACAGGCUACCCGCUGGUGCAGGAGAAUGGCCAGCGUAAGUAUGGACCCCCGCCUAGUUGGGACGGCCCACCGCCUCCCAAGGGAUGCGAGGUCUUUAUCGGCAAAAUACCUCGAGACCUGUAUGAGGACGAGCUUGUGCCGGUGAUGGAGCGCGCUGGGAAGGUCUAUGAGGUGAGACUCAUGAUGGACGUCAACGGCAAUAACCGCGGCUAUGGCUUCGUGCAGUACUCUUCCCGCCAGGAGGCUGAGAACGCCCUUCGCAUUCUCAACAACCACGAGAUCCGAACGAAGCGGUUUUUGGGUGUGAUGCGCAGUGUGGACAACAACCGCCUGUUCGUGGGCGGUAUCCCCAAGAGCCGGACGCGGUUGGAGGUGCAGGAGGAGAUGCGGCGUGUAACAGAGGGCGUCGUCAAGAUCAUACUGUAUCCCUGCAUCAACGACCGCACCAAGAACCGCGGUUAUGCCUUUGUUGAGUACACGAGUCACAAGGCGGCAGCUAUGGCCCGCAGGAGGCUCUUCUCUGGUCGUAUUCAGCUCUGGGGCAACACCGACGUCAAGGUUGACUGGGCAGAACCUGAACUUGAUGUCGACAAUGACAUCAUGUCCAAGGUGAAAGUACUAUACAUCCGCAACCUGUCUUUGAGCACAACUGAAGAGGACAUUAAACAUCUCUGUAACAGCUCUAAUGGGGUCGAAAGAGUCAAGAAACAAAAGGAUUAUGCAUUUGUUCAUUUUGCUUCGAGGGAGCAAGCUGAAGUUGUGAAAGCCUCACUGAAUGGACGUAUUGUUCAUGGUUGUGAAUUAGAAAUAACAUGGGCAAAGCCAGUAAAGAAUCGUGAGGAAUACCAUCAGCGAAAGUCCCUUGCUCGUUCUAUGAUAAGUGCUGGACAAAAUCAACCUGGAUAUGUUCCCCAUAUUAUGUCUGGAGGAUCUGCACCACAACCCACUUGGACAUUGGAUCCAGUACUGGUUGUACCUCAAGUACGGCGUGCAGCAGGGACACAAGGUCUGCAACAUUAUUCACCAAGGGGGCUUAAUUCUCGAACGAGAGCUGCUGAGACCCAACUUGUGGGAAUUCCAGCACCUACAAUGUAUGUUCAACAGGAAGUACAAGUCAAAUGUCCAAAUGAGGUUCCUUUUCAUGGUUUUCCAAAUGGCACCGCUCAUUUUCUGUCAGAGAAAAUAGCCACCUCUGCAGAGGAAGUUCGAGCUUCACUGCCAAACCACAUCAGUGUUCCAGCUACUAAUACAAGACUCCUUCAGAGAAAUCCAGCAUUGCAUGGAGUUCCUCUUGCUGCCCAGUAUUUCAUGGCACCAUCAGUUAGUAUGACACCACUUAUGGCACCUACCAUGACAGCAGCAUCUCCUCAAAGCAUGGCACUGUCUUCAGGAACUUACUUAGUACCCUCAGCUUCUUUGACAGGAUAUGAAAGUCUGAAUCCUUAUGCCCUGCCACCAGCAUUCUAUCAGCAGGCAGCACUUAUGGCUCAACCAGGCAUUGCAACACUCGAGAGGCCACGUUACAGUGCCACUGGAGAAUAAGGCUAGUCAUCCCCGCUUUUUCCCACGUAAUGGUAUUAAAAUUACCGUGCACAUUCAAAUACUCUCUUAACAUUCCUUAUUUACAACAAUACACGAGGAAAAAUGUUGUAAGCCAAAUAAUGUUACAAUAUGAAGCUGCUUUACAGUGCAUGCUGUAAAUCGAGUUCCUUCCAGGUAUCUUGUAAAGUUGCUCAGGAAAUAGUGCUCAGUUCUGUCCUCAGUCAACAACUGCUCAUGUACUUACACUGUAUUGCUGCAAAUUUCUGUAAUAGCAUCUUCAAUCUAGUUGCUUUAACUGCAGUUAUAUAUAAACUUUUCAAAUUGUCUCCAAGUUAGUUAAGUUAAAUUGUCUCAUGUUAAAAUUUAUUUUAUAAGAGAUCGGAAUUUGCACAUAUGUGAUAAUGUGCAGACUUCUUAAGAUAACAUUUCACUCAUGGCUGUAAGUUAGGGAGAUGGUGACGGAUGAUACAACUGCAAGACGAAUUUAAGAAUGAAGUCAUAAUCGGUUUGUGUGCACAACGUCCUGCUUUGUGAACACACAUGGUCAUUCCCUGUAGGUGUACUAAGCCCUGGCAUAUCCCUUUCCCCAUGCUGCCUCAACAUUUGUUCUCUCUCUCAGACUAUUGCUUUGUUUGUGGCAGUAAUGUAUUCAAAUCAGUUAAAUUUGGGUACAUCUGAGAGAUUUAAAGAGGAGUCGGGGAGGGGGAAUAGAAUGGACAUAUUUGAACAAGAUUGCUGUGUCACUGCAUUGUGUCUUGUUUUUGCUAAUUCCUAAGGGCAAUGAGGUGUGUGUGUACGUAUAUUAAUAUAAAAAAAAAAUUAUAUAUAUAUAUAUAUAUAUAUAUAUAUAUAU